AUGUCUCCCACACUGGAAAUCACCCAUAUUGGCACUGCCACUGCUAUUCUUGAAAUCAACGGCGUCAACUUUCUGACCGAUCCCUUCUUUUCUCCUGCCGGUACCUUCUGGGAUAAAGGCAGUGUCAUUCUCAAAGUGACAGAAGACCCUGCUCUCCGUUUAGAUCAACUUCCAGUAAUCGAUGCGGUACUUCUGAGCCACGAAGAUCAUCCCGACAACCUGGACGAACUUGGUCGUCAACUCCUAGAUGGGCGCCGUGUGUUCACCACCGUCGACGGUGGGAAAAACCUUAGCCCCCGUCCAGCUGUGCAUGGCAUGAAGCCAUGGGAGGAGCUAGAAACCAUUAUUGCUGGCAAGAAGUUCAAAAUCAUCGCAACUCCGACUCAGCAUUUUCCCGGAAAUGAAUGUACCGGCUUCAUUGUGACCGGCAAGGAUUUCGGAACUGGUCGUGACGGCCUUCCCAAUGCAAUCUAUUUCAGCGGUGACACAGUCUACAUUGAGGAAUUAAACUCCAUCGCGGACCGGUACCACAUCUGUGUGGCUGUGAUGAAUCUGGGCAACGCCCAUGUCCCCACGACGGAGGACCCCAAUGGUCCUCUCAUGCAAAUUACGAUGGGCGGCAAUGAUGGCGCAAAGUUAUUCCGUGCCCUCAAGGCAGAUGUUUUGGUUCCCAUGCAUUAUGAAUCCUGGGGACAUUUCACCCAGUUCGGAGAUGAGCUGCGCCAGACUUUUGAGGCUGAGGGCAUUAGUGAGAAAAUUUGUUGGCUCACAGGUGGUAAGAAGAUCACAGUCCUUUGA